CUCUACCAGUCAGGCUCACACAACCUUAGACAUGGCACCGUGAACCGACACAUGGCAGCCUGAAGCCAUGAAACAAAAACUCACCAAAAACUGAAGAUGUCUUAAUAUUAGCAAAUGUCGGUUCUAUAAAAAAACUACUUCACCUCCUGCAAUAUCCUCAACUCAGCUGCUAACCGGUUGUCAGUAAAUGUCAGGGUGACAGGCGGACUACUACCCCUGCUGUUUGAUUUCGUGAAUUCUGCAGGACUUCUUUUCAACAUGGGUGUCCAGGGCUUCUUAGAAUACAUUGAAAAGCAUUGUCCCAACGCCGUGGUGCCGGUGGAGCUCCAGAAGCUAGCCAGGGGGAGUAUGGUUGGAGGUGGCCGGCAGAGACCCCCUCAAAGUCCGCUGAGAUUACUAGUGGACGCCGAGAACUGCCUCCACCGGCUCUACGGAGGCUUCUACACCGACUGGGUCAGCGGGGGCCAGUGGAACCACAUGCUGGGCUACUUGGCCGCCCUCUCCAAGGCCUGCUUCAACGGCAACAUUGAGCUCCUGGUGUGCUUCAAUGGCGCCCUAGAGAAAGGCCGUCUUCACGAGUGGGUCAAGCGACAGGUGAACGAGAGGCAAACCGCGCAGCAGAUCAUAAGCCACGUCCAGAACAAGGGAACCCCCCCGCCCAAAGUCUGGUUUCUCCCCCCUGUGUGCAUGGCCCACUGCAUCCGACUGGCGCUCCUCAGGUUCCGCGUCGGGGUUGUCCAGAGCAUCGAGGACCACCACCUGGAAGUGAUAGCCUUAUGCAGGGAGAACGGCUUCCACGGCCUGGUGGCCUACGACUCCGACUACGCUCUGAGCAACAUCCCAUGCUACUUCAGCGCCCACGCCCUCAAACUGAGCCGCAACGGCAAAAGCCUCACCACCAGCCAGUACCUGAUGCACGAAGUUGCACGGCAGCUUGAUCUCAACCCAAAUCGUUUUGUCAUUUUUGCAUCGCUUUUAGGAAAUCACAUUCUGCCUGAUGACGACUUGGCUGCCUUUCACUGGAGCUUACUUGGUCCAGAACAUCCAUUAGCAUCUUUAAAGGUGCGUGCCCACCAGCUUGUGCUUCCACCCUGUGAUGUUGUUAUCAAGGCUGUGGCCGACUAUGUCCGCAACAUCUCUGAUAUCACUGACCUAGAGGCCAUCGCAAAGGACAUCUUCAAGCAUUCACAGUCGUGCAGUGAUGACAAAGUCAUCCGAUUCAAGAAGGCAGUGGAGUACUAUUCAGAGGCCAGCAAACCCCCUCACUUCCCUCUACAGUUUGUCAGACCAAAACCCAUGGGAGUGCCUGCUGCAGUGCCAUCUCCAAAGAUGCUCAACAUUCCACAGGUGCCGCUGCCCAUGAAACCUGGGGUCCAUCUCCCAUUCUUAGAGCCUCUGGUGGACCCCAGCCUUGCUCUGGACUCUGUUGAGAGAGGCCUCACUGAGCAGAACAGUUUUAGCAACAUUCCUCAUGAAGGGAAGCACACGCCGCUUUAUGAGAGGUCUUCUCCAAGCAACCCAGGCAAGGCCAGCAGCCCCAACCACACACAGGCCGCUGUCUUCAACAACUCCUCUGCAUCUUCCUCCUCAGAGAAUGAUGAGAGCUCAGGCACAACUGCCAAUCAUCUUAGUGACCAUAAGGGAGGCUGGGAAAAAAAUGGACAUACUCCACAUUCUCUAAACCCACCAGAGGGAGACCUGGGGGACCAAACAAAAGGUGACCUCUAUGCAACCUACGCUGCUAGCCCAGAGUCACAGCAGGGGGGUCUCCACAGCCCCAAUGUCCAGAUCCCCUCCCUACUCUCGAUGCCCACCAGGAACCACAUGGACAUCACCACCCCUCCUCUUCCUGCUGUGGCCCCCGAAGUCCUGCGGGUGGCUGAGCACAGACACAAGAAGGGCCUUAUGUACCCCUACAUCUACCAUGUUGUCACAAAGGGGGAGAUAAAGCUAUCUGUCACCAUUGAAGAUGAAGCUAACAAAGACCUGCCUUCAGCUGUGCAGCUGUUUCGUCCCAUCCGUCAAUAUGUUUACGGAGUGCUCUUCAGUCUGGCAGAGGCCAGGAAGAAGGCUGAGAGACUCGCCAUGAGGAAGAACUGCCUCCCUGAAUAUACACACGUCCUUGUCAAAGAGUGGGCCGCCUACAAAGGCAAAUCUCCUCACACUCCAGAGCUGGUGGAGGCUCUGCCAUUCAGGGAGUGGACCUGUCCUAACCUAAAGAAGCUGUGGUUGGGGAAGGCCGUAGAGGACAAGAACCGCAGGAUGAGAGCGUUCCUGGCCUGCAUGCGCUCUGACACUCCUGCUAUGCUGAACUCUGCCAACGUCCCCAUGCCUUUAAUGGUGCUGUGCUGCGUGCUGCGGUUUAUGUUACAAUGGCCAGGAGUAAGAAUUUUGCGUCGUAACGAACUUGACGCUUUCCUAGCCCAAGCACUUUCUCCUAAACUUUAUGAGCCUGACCAGCUGCAGGAACUGAAGAUUGACAACCUCGACCCUCGAGGAGUCCAGCUGGCUGCUCUGUUCAUGAGCGGAGUGGACAUGGCUCUGUUUGCCAACGACGCGUGCGGGCAGCCUAUACCCUGGGAGCACUGCUGUCCAUGGAUGUACUUUGACGGCAAGCUGCUUCAGAGUAAACUCAACAAAGCCAACAGGGAGAAGGCCCAGCUCAUUGACCUCUGUGAUGGUCAGGUCGAACUGGUUGCCAAGGCGGAGAAGAUGCGUCAGAGCAUCCUUGAAGGUCUAAACUUCACUCGACCACCUCAUCCUCCUCCAUUCCCCCCACCGCCAAUUCCACCUCCUCACGGGAUGCCUUUCUACCCUCCCGCUGGCUCCUUCUUCCCCCCACCUCCUAUGAUGCCUCCUCAGGGGAGAGGCAGAGGGAUGCCUGGACUUCAAGGAAUGUCGUCGCAGGGUGGGAAGCUGGAGAUAGCCGGCACUGUUGUGGGUCAGUGGGCUGGAGCUCGGCGCGGCAGAGGAAGAGGAGGCUUCCCUGUCCAGGUGGUGUCUGUGGGUGGACCAAACCGAGGUCGUCCCAGAGGUGUGAUUUCAACACCCGUCAUCAGGACGUUUGGACGAGGAGGAAGGUACCACACUCGAGUCUUCAAGAGUCAGACAGGGUAUCUGCCCAGUAAGCCGUCUCAUAAGCCAGCUCAUACAUUUGGACACGAUGCAGUGAAAGAGAGAAAGAGGUCCAAAGCAGAGGAGAAAAAAUCCUCCGCUGCACCAUGCGAUGGCUCGACAACGGAGAAUGGUGUGGAGGACAAAGAGCUGGGCCAGCUGAAUGGAGAUAAAGAUGAAAGCGGGGCUCCCAUACAACCUGAAAGUGCCUUUACAAGUGACUCCAAGACGUGCAAUUCUAAUCCUCACUUAAAUGCACUAAAUGUAGACAGCGGCUGCCAUAGAGAUGAAGGUCUAGAGGCCGCUGUCUUGAGUAAAGAAGAGUAAGCCUAUUUUUUUAGAGAGGGACAGGGAUGAAAGAUGGAAAAGCAUUGAAUCUGGAAAUUUGAGAAUAAAACUCAGUUCCCUCUCAAUACAGAUUUAUUAUUCUCAUAGUUUAAAGAGUUGUUAACUCCCAUCACCGAAGUUUCUGCUUGUUAACAAGAACACUACUAUUCCUUUGUAUUAGGAUAUUAAAUCUUCAAAAGCUUUACUUUUGAAGCAUCUUAGUUCUUAUUGGUUGAUACUCUUAUUUGACCCGUGUUAUAUGUUUGCAGUAGGUAAUCAGUUUGUUAUUGUCAUGGUAACUAAGAAAAGGAAACUGCAACACGACUGCCUUGGUUGCAACUUUUACUUUGAUUCAUGUACAAGCAACUGUGUCCUUUAGUUCAGAAUAACUCCAUGUAUUUUCAGUGAUUUAUCCGUAGCAUUUCAACAAGUUGCUCAAAAAAAUCAGACACAAGAUCCUGUCAGUCUCUGACACUCACCUUCUUGAAUCAAAAAUCAAGCUGUAGUAUGAUGGCUUCAACAAAAAAACCCUUCUCUGCAUGGUUUAACUGGUGUGUAGUUAUUAUGCAUGUGGUCUUUUCUUCUUUCAUCACAGGUACUGUGCCUAUUGCAAAUGAAUGCAAUGGCUAAUAUCACUGGUAGCCCUUAAAAGUUGUUAACCGUUGUAACUGAUUUGUUCUGACCUUGAUUUGUUUGUGAUACUGAUCUCUGUUGCAUUUAAUUAUAAAAAGCAAAAGUUAUCUAGCCACUUUGAAAUAGUGAAGUUACACAAUAUUGUUCUUUGUUGUUUUCUUCUUGCAUUAAUCGAAUAUCUGAACGUACCCCUUAAAAAGCGUCUAUCAGAAUCACUCCUUAUGAAACUCAAAGCAGCACACUCCACCAUCAGAUUAAGACUUCACACAUCUGGGGUAAUCACUUUAGUGCUCUGUUUUAGUGGUGGUUUAAGUUCCUCUUCUCCUACACCAGAGUUGUCAUUUAACAUCUCAACUUAAUUGUCCUUCUCCUCCUUCACUAGUGAUCAGAUAAACGGUGUAUUCCCUCAGUCCCCCUGCAAGAGCUCAAUAGGUAACCUCUGUAAGUUGGAUCAGUUUCUUCCUGACUGAUGGAUUGUUAAAGGAUGAACUGCUGUUGGGAUUGAUUGGAUGUUGAUGGAUUGUGGUGGAUGUAUUUGAAGAAACUUAGCUACAAAGCUUAA